CGUGUCGGUGAUUCGAAUACCUAGAGGUGAGCAGCGUCCAGUUUAUGUACGGUUAUGUCAGUUUUGAUUCUAACCGCGAACGGAACACUUCGGUCUAAGGAACUGGUGGCGUGAAGUAGUGGAUGGUGACGACCUAGAGAAGCGUGCGCACGUGCGAUUGAUCUCACGAUAUGCUUAAAAACACCCUACCUCUCCUGCUUCUAAGUGCCCUCGCGUGGCACCAUGCAGAUUCAUCCCGCAUUCUUGCCGUGUUUGUAUUUCCCGGCCGUAGCCACUGGAUGAUGAUCGAUGCCAUCCUGAAUGGGCUGCUUGAUCGAGGCCAUCAGGUUACUUGCAUCGCUAACUACCCACUCUCUAGAAAACACGAGAAUUACACCGAACUGCGGGUGACUCCGAUAUAUGAUUUCUGGAAGAAUUCCGUCAAGGUUGAGUCGCUAUACGAUCUGACAGAGAUAUCCAUCCACCGAAUGCUGAUGGACUUCUUGUACAGCUUGGGACUGGAGACGGCACAGCAUGGAUUCACCAGGGAAAAUGUUCGGGACUUCAUACGGAACGAUGACAGUCAUUUCGAUCUGAUCUUGGCCGAGCAGUUUUACCAGGAGGCGUACCUUAUGUUUGCCCACAAGUACAAGGCUCCCAUUGUUAGUGUAGGAACAUUCGGAUUCGCACAUUACAUGGGUCCAAUGAUGGGCAUGAUGAACAUGUACUCGCAUGUGCCUCACGAGUUUCUACCGUUCAUGGACAAGAUGAGCUUCCCGCAGCGCAUUUACAACACGGCGGUGUCGUUGUACGAGCAGACGUUGCGCACCUUCUAUUAUCUUCCUCAGCAGGAAGUAAUGGCGAAGGAAAACUUUGGACAUCUUCCCGGCCCUCUACCCAACGUCGCCGAUCUUGAACGGCAAGUUUCAGUUGUUUUACUAAACAGUUACUAUCCUUUGACGACGUCCCGAGCUCGCGUUCCCGGCAUGGUUCAGGUCGGAGGACUGCACAUCAAGCAACCUAAGCCUCUGCCGGAGGAUUUGAAGAAAUUCUUGGACGGAGCCACACAUGGAGCUAUCUAUUUCAGCUUGGGUACGAACCUGAAGAGUUCCGACAUGCCGCGGGACAAACUGGAAGCAAUCCUGAACGUGUUUCGAUCGAUGAAACAGCGCGUGGUGUGGAAAUAUGAGGACGAGUCGGUCAAAGGUCUACCAAGUAAUGUGAUGAUCAAACCUUGGCUGCCGCAGAGUGACAUUCUGGCUCAUCCGAAUGUGAAGGUGUUCAUUACCCAUGGAGGGCUUCUGGGAACUCAGGAGGGAGUCUACCGAGCGGUUCCUAUGCUGGGUAUACCGAUCUACUGUGAUCAACACUUGAACAUGAAUAAGGCCGUGCUCGGCGGGUACGCAGUUCGAUUGUACUUCCCGAACAUAACUGAGACUUCAUUCCGAUGGGCUUUGGAGGAGCUGCUGUACAAACCGGAGUACAAGAAGAAUAUGGAUAGGGUCUCCGGGGUGUUUAGGGAUCGGCCGGUACCAGCACUGGACGAGGCCGUGUAUUGGGUGGAGUAUGUGAUUCGACACAAAGGGGCACCUCAGUUACGAUCGGCAGGAUUGGACCUACCGUGGGUUAGCUUCGCCCUAUUGGAUGUGCUGGCAUUGGCAGUUGGAAUUGUUUUGGUCGUUGUGUGGGUUCUGAGAAAAUUGGUGAUGCUCUUCCAGAAUGAUUCGAAACCGAAAAGGAAAGCUGAAUAAAGUAUUUGAUAAAA